ACAACCACCUGAGCUGACCAACGCUGGAGACUUCAUCUUAGGUGGCAUUUUCACCUUUCGCACAGGAUACAGAGGCAAGGCUCCCACCUUUCAAACCCUACCUGAUCCUCCAACGUGCCUGCAGAUCAAUGUAAGAGAAUUCAAAUUUGCCCAGACCAUGAUCUUUGCAAUUGAGGAAAUAAAUCAAAAUCCUGCGAUCCUUCCCAACCACACACUGGGCUACAAAAUAUAUAAUUCCUGCGGAAUGACAAACAUUAUUAAGUCUGCUAUAGAUUUAGCAAACGGGCAGAGGGAGAUCAUAGAUGAGAGGAACUGUACAAAGGCUGACACUGCACAGGCUGUACUCGGCCACUCUGGCUCUGCACCCACGAUGGGAUUUGCUCGGAUUAUAGGAAGGUUCCAGAUACCAGUGCUCAGCCACUUUGCAACCUGUGCUUGCCUCAGCAACAGAGAAGAGUUUCCAUCCUUCUUCCGAACUAUUCCCAGUGACCUCCACCAGAGCAGAGGCCUGGCAAAGCUGGUCAAGCACUUCGGCUGGACCUGGGUGGGGGCAAUAAGCAACAAAAAUGACUACGGUAUCAACGGGAUUGCCACAUUUAUACAAGCUGCACAAGAAGAGGGGGUGUGCGUAGAGUACUACCAGGCAUUUGAGCAAACAGGUCCUCUUCAUGAGUUGACAAAAGUGGUUCAAACUGUGAAGUACUCCACCUCUAAAGUCAUUGUGGCCUUCAUGUCCCACAGAGAAGUGAAUGUGCUGGCAACUGAGUUGUACAAGCAGAACAUCACAGGAAUGCAGUGGAUUGGCAGUGACGCCUGGAUCACAGAUCACUCUCUGACUGACAGUGAGGGGCGCAGCAUCCUGCUGGGCUCCCUGGGCUUCGUCGUCAGCCGAGCUAAGAUCCCAGGAUUGGAGGAGCACCUGAGACAGCUCCACCCCUCACAGUUUCCUGACAGUCUGUUUGUCAGAGAUUUCUGGGAAGACAUGUUUGACUGCGCUCUGGAUGAAGCUGCAAACGCACAAAAAAAGCCGUGCAGCGGCUCCGAGAGCUUGCAGAAUGUUGAAUCAUAUUUCACAAAUGUUUCUGAGCUGAGAUUCACUAAUAAUGUAUACAAAUCAGUUUAUGCCGUGGCCCAUGCUCUCCACAACCUGGCCACAUGUGAAGAGGGGAAAGGCCCUUUCUACAAUGGCAGCUGUGCUGAUACUAAACACAUUCAACCAUGGCAGGUGCUACAUUAUUUACAGAAUAUGAACUUCACAACAAGUCAGGGGGAAAGAGUGACUUUUGAUCAGAAUGGAGAUUCACCAGCAAGAUAUGAACUUACAAAUUUACAACACAUAACCUCAGAGACCAUGCAUGUCGCAGCAGUCGGUGUUUUUGAUGCCACUUUGCCCAGUGAGCGUCAGUUUAUAAUGAACGGCAUGAAGAUAGUGUGGGGAGGAGAAAGUAAUACGGUGCCUGUGUCAGUGUGCAGUGAGAGCUGCCCCCCAGGAAAACAGAAAGUCCUGCAGAAAAGAAAACCUGUUUGUUGUUAUGACUGUAUACCAUGUGGAGAAGGAGAAAUCAGCAACGCUACAGACUCUUUGGAGUGCCUCAAAUGUCCCAUACAUUAUUGGCCGAAUACCAGAGGAGAUAAAUGCAUUUUGAAGGAAAUUGAAUUUCUGUCUUACGCAGAGAUAAUGGGGUUAAUUUUAACAUUAUUUUGCUUGAUGGGGGUGACUUUGACAACUAUGAUAGCAAUAGUGUUCUUUCACUUCCGGGAAACUCCUAUUGUCAGGGCCAACAACUCUGAGCUGAGCUUCCUGCUGCUCUUCUCCUUGACUCUGUGUUUCCUGUGCUCUCUGACCUUCAUCGGCCGGCCCUCUGAGUGGUCCUGCAUGCUGCGACACACAGCGUUCGGCAUCACCUUUGUCCUCUGCAUCUCUUGUGUUCUGGGGAAAACAAUCGUGGUGUUAAUGGCCUUCAGGGCCACACUUCCAGGUAGUAAUGUGAUGAAAUGGUUUGGGCCUGCACAACAGAGGCUCAGUGUUCUGGGUUUCACUCUCAUACAGGUUGCAAUCUGCAUAAUUUGGUUGACAAUAAAUCCUCCAUUUCCAUACAAAAAUAUGAACCACUACAAAGAGAAAAUUAUUCUUGAGUGCAGUCUUGGAUCACCUGUGGGGUUCUGGGCAGUGUUAGGGUACAUCGGACUCUUAGCUGUCCUCUGUUUUGUUCUUGCUUUUUUGGCUCGAAAGUUACCGGAUAAUUUCAAUGAAGCUAAAUUCAUCACCUUCAGCAUGCUGAUCUUCUGCGCAGUAUGGAUCGCCUUUAUUCCAGCAUAUGUCAGCUCUCCUGGGAAGUUCACGGUGGCUGUGGAGAUAUUUGCCAUUCUUGCCUCUAGUUAUGGACUUCUUUUCUGCAUUUUUAUCCCCAAAUGUUAUAUAAUUUUACUGAGACCGGAACAAAAUACCAAAAAGCAUAUAAUGGGAAAAACAAAAGACAUUCAUGACUUUCACUGUUAA